ACAAGACACCACAUAGCUAGACCAAACCCCCAGGUCACACCACUGCUGCAUCUUCAGCUCAGAAUCCCACUGGGGCUGGCACACAGAGAGGACAGCUAAUGUGAUACCAGGGCCUGGGCAUUGGGCCUGCAAGCAGGGAACAGCCCACAGGACUCAGGAGGGGGCAUGAGCAUGGAGCCGCUUUGGGGUCUACUCCAGGGAGCGAAAAGGUUGUCCCCACGACCCUCUCAGACCAUCUACAAGCAUGUGGAAGGCACCCAGCAGGGUUGCCCAGAGGAGGAAGAGGAAGACGGGGAGGAGGUUGCUGGGCCACCAGUCCACUUUUGUGCCAUGGAGCUGAGGGGCCCUGAGCCCCUGGGCGCUCAAGCUGGGCGGCAAAACCUUGGACUCUGGGCGGCAGCAGGACGAAGGGGUGCUGCCUACCUGGCCCUGACAGCCCUGCUGAUCUUCACUGGGGCCUUCCUUCUGGGCUAUGUGGCCUUCCGAGGAUCUUGCCAGGCAUGCGGGAACGACGUAUUGGUGGUCAAUGAGGAUGUGAACUAUGAGCCAGGCCCGGACUCCCACCAAAGCACAUUGUACUGGAGCGACCUCCAGGCCAUGUUCCUGCGGCAUCUGGGGGAGGGGAGUCUGGAGAACACCAUCAGGCAAACCAGCCUAAGGGAAAGGGUUGCCGGAUCAGCCGGAAUGGCCGCCCUGGCUCAGGACGUCCGUGCUGAGCUCUCUCGCCAGAAGCUGGACCACGUGUGGACAGACACGCACUACGUGGGGCUGCAGUUCCCAGACCGGGUUCACCCCAACACCCUGCACUGGGUCGAUGAGGCCGGGAGGCCCGGGGAGCAGCUGCCGCUGGAGGACCCGGACGUCUACUGUCCCUACAGCGCCACUGGCAACGCCACGGGAGAGCUGGUGUAUGCCCACUACGGGCGGUCGGAGGACCUGCAGCACCUGCGGGCGCAGGGUGUGGAGCCGGCAGGGCGCCUCCUGCUGGUGCGCUUGGGGGUGAUCAGCUUUGCCCAGAAGGUGGCCAGUGCCCAGGACUUUGGGGCGGGAGGAGUUCUCAUAUAUCCCGACCCAGCUGACUUUUCCCAGGACCCACACAAGCCAGGCCUGUCCAGCGCCCGGGCUGUGUACGGACAUGUGCACCUGGGAACUGGGGACCCCUACACACCUGGCUUCCCUUCCUUCAACCAAACCCAGUUUCCGCCAGUCCAGUCCUCAGGCCUUCCGAGCAUCCCAGCCCAGCCCAUCAGUGCGGAUGUUGCCUCCCUCCUGCUGAGGAAGACUGGUGGUCCUGCGGCCCCACGGGAAUGGCAGGGACGGCUCCCAGGCUCCCCUUAUCGCCUGGGCCCUGGGCCAGGCCUGCUCCUAGGGGUCAACAACCACAGGGCUUCCACUCCCAUCAGCAACAUCUUCGGCUGCAUCGAGGGCCGAUCAGAGCCAGAUCACUACGUUGUCAUUGGGGCCCAGAGGGAUGCGUGGGGCCCUGGAGCAGCCAAGUCUGCUGUGGGCACCGCCAUACUGCUGGAGCUGGUGCGGACCUUCUCCUCCAUGGUGAGCAACGGCUUCCGGCCUCGAAGAAGUCUUCUCUUCAUCAGCUGGGAUGGAGGUGACUUUGGGAGUGUGGGCUCCACGGAGUGGCUGGAGGGAUACCUCAGCCUGCUGCACCUGAAAGCCGUAGUCUACGUGAGCCUGGACAGCGCUGUGCUGGGGGAUGACAAAUUCCAUGCCAAGACCAGCCCCCUUCUGAUCAGCCUCAUUGAGAGCAUCAUAAAGCAGGUGGACUCUCCUAACCACAGUGGGCAGACCCUUUACGAGCAGGUGCUGUUCAACAAUCAGAGCUGGGACGCAGAGGUGAUCCAGCCACUGCCCAUGGACAGCAGUGCCUAUUCCUUCACUGCUUUUGCGGGGGUUCCUGCCAUGGAGUUCUCCUUCGUGGAGCACCCUCUGUCCCUGCAGGAUGGCCAGGCAUACCCGUUUCUGCACACGAAGGACGACACGUACGAAAACCUGCACAAGGCGCUGCGGGGCCGUCUGCCAGCCGUGGCCCAGGCUGUGGCCCAGCUCGCAGGGCUACUCCUCAUCCGGCUCAGUCACGAUCACCUGCUGCCCCUCGACUUCGGCCGCUACGGGGACGUGGUCCUCAGGCACAUCGGCAGCCUCAACGAGUUCUCUGGGGACCUCAAGGCCCGCGGACUGACCCUCCAGUGGGUGUACUCUGCGCGGGGUGAUUACAUCCGGGCGGCAGAGAAGCUGCGGAAGGAGAUCUACAGCUCUGAGAGCAGCGACGAGAGGCUGAUGCGCAUGUACAACGUUCGCAUCAUGCGGGUGGAGUUCUACUUCCUGUCCCAGUACGUGUCACCAGCCGACUCCCCGUUCCGCCACAUCUUCCUGGGCCGCGGAGAUCACACGCUGGGCGCUCUGCUCGACCACGUGCGGCUGCUGCGCUCCAACGGUUCCGGGGCCCUGGGGGCUGCCUCCUCUGGAGUGAUGCCUGGCCUGGGCUUCCAGGAGAGCCGCUUCAGGCGCCAGCUGGCCCUGCUCACCUGGACGCUGCAGGGGGCCGCCAACGCACUCAGCGGGGACGUCUGGAACAUAGAUAAUAACUUCUGAGGGGGGAGGGUCACAUGACCCUGCUCCAGGCUAAGAGCUCCAGCUCUUCCCAUUUCAGCGAUUUUUGGGUGACUGCAACACUCAUUGCUGACUGAUUUUUCAUUAGCUCUUCUAGUCUCCCUAGGGGUCCAGUGUAAAAUACCCACACACUCUUGGCUCUGCAGUGUAGGAGCAGGUGAGCAGUCCCUUCCAAAAGGGACCACCAUACAGCUAAUCAGAUGGCGGCAUCUGCUCCAUCGGUCACAGCCCCUUGCUCUUCAGGAGCUGGGUCCCUCGCACCUAGGGCCCACCCUGGAAAGUUUCCUAGGCUCUGGGAAGCUCUUGGUGGGAGAGAUGGCUGGGACCUUAUGGCCAACGAGUGGUGUUUGGGAAGAGGGGCUGGAGUUUAAACUUCAAUAAACCACCUGGGCAUGUUGUUUAUAAGCACCUUUAUGCUUCUUCACCCUCAUCCCACUCGAGCAUCCAUUACUUAAGACCUUCCCCAGGUCUUAAGUAGAAGGGGCUGGGGAGGAUGCAAGUGAGAAUGCUGUCUCCGUGGGGAAAACUCGGAGAUGUUUCAUUAUUAAGGAAGGAAUCUGUCUAAGGAAAUCGGGAGAGCCCUUUCUCCAAACACCACCAUGGGUUGGGGCGCUGACUCUGUACCUCCUCCUGGGACCGGGGACAGGCCACAUGUGGUGUAAGUUCUGGUGCAAAUAAAAAACACAGGGCUUCAUGUUCAUAAA